UGCGAUAGAUGCUGGGAUUAUCACAGACAGAGCCACCACAUCCUCCGAUCACUGACUGUACCCGCUUCGUGACUGGAGUCAAAAGAAACUUCUCCAUACGAUCGAAGGAGAUCUUUCCUUGGAUCCAUGGAUCAUACCUUGACAGGCGCUCUAUGAAUCUCAGUCUAAUGACAGGCUGAAACGUGGAUUUACUGGAAGUAUAAUCGACCAAAUAAAGGAGGGAAAAAAAAACUGAGAUAGGCUACAUCAGUUGGAUUUUGUACAGUCACAUUUUUGGAGCGGAGGAGAGAUUUUUUUUAUUUUCUUUAUUCAUAUUUUGGGGGUCUUGGGUAAAGCAUUGGGCCAAUUGGCUUCACUCUCCUACGGUUUGCCUUUUAGGUGCAUAUUCUAUCUAAUCAGAGAGAGACUCUGAACCCCUUUGGUCCCCCGCAUGACAUGGUUCAGUCCAGCUGUGAGAUCCGAGCCUCCUCCAUGCAUUGGGAUUUUUCUCAGUUCCGACACCUAGUGAAUCUCCCUUUUCUGAGCAUCUGAGUACUCAUCGUGCCUACCAGAAAAAAGGAAAAAAAAAGGAAAAACAGCCCCUGCCAUGACCACCACUUCAAAUCGGGACGGAGCACCGGGACUUGUAAGGAGAGUGGAACCCGAAUGCCGAAAGGGGGGUGAUGGCAAUCCUAUUUCAGCUCUAAUGAAAGCAGGAGCUCCGGCGCGCUUUUAUUGGAAUCGGGUGCUGCUCCUCUACAUGGGGCUCUUGAUGCUGGUCACCACUGUUGAGGCUCAGAAUUGCAGUUACACUCUUCACAGUCCUAAUGGGACAAUAGAGAGUCCUGGAUACCCUUACGGUUAUCCAAACUAUGCCAACUGUACAUGGGUGAUCGUGGGAGCGGAUCAUAACCGGAUACAGCUGGUAUUUCAAGGUUUUGCCCUGGAGGAGGAUUUUGACAUCCUGUCUGUUUAUGAUGGGCCACCCAGCCCCGGGAACCUGCGGACAAGGUUAACUGGGUUCCAGCUGCCUUCACCCAUUGUGAGUACAGGUUCCAGACUCACUUUAUGGCUGCUGUCUGAUUAUGCUGUCAGCGGGCAGGGAUUCAAAGCUAUUUAUGAAGCACUGCCCAGUUACACUUGUGGUAAUCCUGGCCAGCUUCUGAAUGGCUACCAACAGGGGUCCACUUUCAACAUAGGCGAUAAAAUCCGCUACAGCUGCAGCCCAGGCUAUGUACUGGAGGGUCACACCACACUCUCCUGCCUUGCCACUUCCACUGGGACUGCUGCCUGGGAUUUCCCCCUUCCCUACUGCAGAGCCGAUGAUGGAUGUGGAGGGACAUUGCGGGGACAGAGUGGGGUAAUCACCACCCCCAACUAUCCAACUGAGUAUAACAACAACGCUGACUGCACCUGGACUGUACUUGCCGAGCCUGGAGAUACCAUUGCCUUGGUUUUCUCUGACUUUCAUUUGGAGGAUGACUAUGACCUGUUGGAGGUCAGCGGUACCGAUGGACCUUCACAGUGGUUUACUGGUCCAAACCUUCCCUCACCUAUCAUUAGCAGCAAGAACUGGCUUCGACUUCACUUUACAUCAGAUGGCAACCACAGGUUGAGAGGCUUCAGUGCUAAUUACCAGGUGAAGAAGAUGACAGAACUUAAAUCUCGAGGUGUAAAGAUGCUGCCAAGCAAAGAUAACCACCAUAAGAUAUCCGUGUCUCCAAUGUGUGGCGGCCAGUUAAAAGGACCCAGUGGUGUCAUCACAUCUCCUAAUUAUCCUGUUCAGUAUGACAACAAUGCCAACUGCACUUGGAUCAUCACAGCGACAGACAUGUCAAAGGUGAUCAAGCUGACAUUUGAGGAUUUUGACCUGGAGAGAGGGUACGACACCCUGACGGUGGGAGACGGUGAGCUUGUGGGAGACCAGAAGACCAUUUUCCAUGUACUGUCUGGUACGACAACUCCAGACCUCGUGGUGAGCACCAGUCACCAGAUGUGGCUAAAUUUCAAAACGGAUGAUACCAGUGGCUCCCUUGGAUUUAAAGUCACCUAUGAGGAGAUAGACCAAGGCAGUUGCGGAGAUCCUGGAAUCCCUGCCUAUGGCAAGCGGGAAGGGACUGGCUUUCGUCAUGGGGACAGGCUGUACUUUGAGUGUCUGCCUGCCUUUGAGCUGGUGGGAAAGAAGAACAUCACCUGUCAGAAGAACAACCAGUGGUCCGCUAAGAAACCAAGCUGUGUUUUUUCCUGCUUCUUUAACUUCACCACUCCAUCUGGGGUGCUGCUUUCCCCCAACUACCCCCAGGAAUAUGGAAACAACAUGCACUGUGUUUGGCUCAUCAUCACCAACCCUGAGAGCAGAAUCAACCUGGCCUUCAAUGACCUUAGCAUGGAGAAACAGUUUGACUUCCUCUCCAUUAAGGAUGGUGGAAAGGCUGAAUCUCCUAUCCUUGGCACCUUCUCUGGAGAUGCCCUACCUCCUCCCAUAACAACAAGCGGUCACGUGGCGCGACUUGAAUUCCUGACAGACCAUACAUACACAGACAGAGGCUUUAAUAUAACUUUUACAACAUUUCGCCACAACGAGUGCCCAGAUCCAGGGGUGCCAGUUAAUGGAAAGCGUUUUGGUGAAAGCCUUCAGCUUGGCAGUUCCAUUUCAUUCCUUUGUGAAGAGGGCUUUGUGAAGACCCAUGGCUCUCAGACUAUAUCCUGCAUUCUGAAGGAUGGCAACGUCGUAUGGGACAAUGCUGUUCCCCGUUGUGAAGCCCCAUGUGGAGGAGAUCUGAAGGCUCCCAGUGGGAUCAUUCUCUCUCCUGGCUGGCCAGAACUAUACAAGGAGGCCCUCAACUGUGAAUGGAUCAUUGAGGCUCCUCCAGGCUAUCCCAUCAAGAUCAUCUUCGACAAAUUUCGUACUGAGGUCAACUAUGAUGUUCUUGAGGUGCGGGAUGGACGAUUUCCCUCCUCACCUCUGAUUGGAAGUUACCAGGGCACCCAGGUUCCCCAAUUUCUCAUCAGCACCUCAAAUUUCCUGUUCCUCCUCUUUACCACCGACAAGAGCCACUCUGACAUCGGCUUCCGUAUACGUUAUGAGACUUUGCAGCUGCAGUCGGACCACUGUGUGGAUCCUGGCAUACCUGUGAACGGCCAACGACAUGGCAAUGACUUCUAUGUGGGCGCGUUGGUGACAUUUAGCUGCGACGCCGGCUACACACUAAGUGAUGCUGAGCCUUUAGAGUGUGAACCCAAUUUCCAGUGGAGUCGCCCCCUGCCUAGCUGUGAUGCACUGUGUGGCGGCUAUAUCCAGGGCAACACUGGAACCAUCCUUUCUCCUGGCUUUCCUGAUUUCUACCCACACAACUUAAACUGCACAUGGACAAUCGAGACCUCCCACGGAAAAGGUGUACAGUUCACCUUCCACACCUUCCACCUUGAGAGUCCUCAUGACCAUUUGUUGGUGACGGAGAAUGGCAGUUUUUCUCAGCCCCUUUGGAGACUGACUGGCUCCACUUUGCCUCCUCCUUUAAGCGCGGGCCUGUUUGGGAACUACACAGCACAGAUCCGCUUUCUCUCUGACUUUUCUGUUUCUUAUGAGGGAUUUAACAUCACAUUCUCAGAGUAUGAUUUGGAGCCCUGUGAGGAUCCUGGAAUCCCGCCAUACAGCACCAGAAAAGGUCUCCAGUAUGGGGUUGGGGAUGCCCUCAUCUUUUCCUGUUUCCCUGGUUAUCGACUAGAGGGUCCUGCGAGGGUGGUGUGCUUAGGGGGCAGAAGGCGAGUGUGGAGCUCCCCUCUGCCAAGGUGUGUUGCUGAAUGCGGCUCAUCCGUGACCGGCAUGCAAGGGGUGCUUCUCUCACCCAACUACCCUGGUUACUACGGCAACAACCACGAAUGUAUCUACUCUAUCCAGACACAGCCUGGCAAAGGCAUCCAGCUAAGAGCACGGGACUUUCGGCUGGAGGAUGAUGACGUUCUCAAAGUCUUUGACGGCAGCAGUAAUAAGGCUCGUCUCCUGGGAGUGUUUACAGAAAACGAGUUGCUAGAUGUAACCUUGAACUCCACCUCCAGCUCCAUGUGGCUGGAGUUCCUCAGCAAUGCUGAGAACACCAGUAAAGGAUUUGAACUGCACUUCACCAGUUUUGAGCUGGUGAAAUGCGAAGAUCCAGGUGUCCCUCAGUUUGGCUAUAAACGUGAAGACAAAGGUCAUUUCGCAGGAAGCACCGUGUCGUACAGCUGCGACCCAGGCUACACCUUAAAAGGUCCUGAGGUGCUCACCUGCCUCAGGGGUGAGAGGAGAGCCUGGGACAGCCCACUCCCCCUCUGUGUUGCGGAGUGUGGGGGCACAAUCAAAGAGGAGCCUUCUGGUCGUAUUCUGUCUCCAGGAUACCCUGCUCCAUAUGAGCACAACCUGCACUGUGUGUGGACCAUCGAAGCUGCUCCUGGAAGCACUAUUAGUCUCCAUUUCCUAGUUUUCCACACGGAGGAGGUCCAUGACGUGCUUCGAAUUUGGGAUGGUCCUCAGGAUGGAGGAGUCCUGCUGAGGGAACUGAGCGGCUCAGCUCUGCCUCCGGAUGCUCACAGCACCUUUAAUACAAUUACCCUGCAGUUCACAACAGACUUUUUUACAAGCAAGCAAGGCUUUGCUUUGCAAUUUUCUGUCUCUACUGCAACCUCCUGCAAUGACCCGGGCAUGCCGACUAAUGGUACCCGCAGCGGUGACAGCAGGGAGCCCGGGGACCAUGUGGUGUUCCAGUGUGAUCCUGGUUACAUCUUACAGGGGGCCAACAGAAUCACAUGCACAGAGAUCAAUGGUCGCUUCUUCUGGCAACCAGACCCUCCAACAUGCACAGCUCCAUGUGGAGGGAACCUUACAGGUCCAAGUGGGUUGAUUCUGUCGCCAGACUAUCCUGAGCCUUACCCACAUGGAAGAGAGUGUGACUGGAGGGUUACUGUCACACAAGACUAUGUCAUUUCUCUCAGCUUUAACCACUUUAGCCUGGAGCCCAGUUAUGACUUCUUGCAUAUCUAUGAUGGGCCUGACUCCCUGAGCCCCUUGUUGGGUAGUUUCUAUGGCACCGACGUUCCGGAUCGCAUUGAGAGCAGCUCCAACACACUCUUCAUGGCGUUCCGCAGUGACGCUUCUCUCAGCAGUAAUGGAUUUGUGCUGCAGUAUACAGAAAACCCCAGGGAAUCUUGUUUCGAACCUGGCCUUGUGCGUAAUGGGACGCGGAUGGGCUCCGAUCUCAAGCUGGGCUCCACUGUCAGCUACCACUGCGACAGCGGCUAUACUCUAGAGGGAGAUGCGACGCUCACUUGCAUCAUGGGGGGAGAUGGCAAGCCGAGCUGGAACAAACCCAAACCCAUCUGCAUGGCACCAUGUGGUGGACAGUACACUGGAUUAGAGGGAGUAGUCCUGUCUCCUGGUUACCCUGGCAACUAUUCCAGCUCUCGAACCUGCAUGUACUCCGUAGUUGUUCCCAAGGAUUACGUGGUCUUCAGCCAGUUUGCCUUCUUCCAGACUGCUCUGAAUGAUAUAGUGGAGGUAUAUGAUGGACCGACGCAACAUUCCCGUGUUCUCAGCUCACUUUCUGGAGCACACACAGGUGAAUCGUUGCCAUUAGCGACCUCCAAUCAAAUCCUGAUUCGCUUUACAGCCAAAGGCCAAUCCAGCUCCAGAGGAUUCCAUCUGGUUUACCAGGCUGUGCCGAGGACUAGUGCCACCCAGUGCAGUUCGGUCCCUGAGCCGCGAAACGGACGGCGAAUGGGCAACAACUUUGCUGUUGGAGCAGUUGUCCGAUUUGAGUGCAGCCCAGGCUACGUACUGGAGGGAUCAAGUGCCAUCGAAUGCUUAACGGUUCCCAAUGCACUUGCACAAUGGAACAGCUCCAUACCAAGCUGCAUUGUUCCGUGCGGCGGAAAUCUAACCCUUCGAACUGGCACCAUCCUCUCUCCUGGAUACCCUGAACCUUACCUCAACAGCCUUAACUGUGUGUGGAAAAUUACUGUCCCUGAAGGAUCAGGGAUCCAGAUCCAAGUGAUCAGCUUUGUCACUGAGCAGAACUGGGACUCACUGGAGGUCUUUGAUGGAGGCGACAACACUGACACACUGCUUGGCAGCUUCUCGGGAACAACAGUGCCAGCACUCCUCAACAGCACCUCGAACCAACUCUACCUUCACUUCUUCUCAGAUAUUAGUGUGUCUGCUGCUGGAUUCAGGCUGGAAUACAAAACGGUGUCUCUGACCAGCUGCCCAGAACCUGUAGUUCCCAUGAAUGGUAUCAAGAUUGGGGAGCGUCUUCAGAUGAAUAAUGUGGUUUCUUUUCACUGUGAACCUGGAUAUACUCUACAGGGAAAUUCUCACAUUACCUGUAUGCCUGGAACUGUCAGACGAUGGAACUAUCCUCCUCCUCUCUGCAUUGCACAAUGUGGUGGAAUCCAUGAGGAGAUGGAGGGAAUGAUUCUCAGUCCUGGUUUCCCUGGUAACUACCCUAGCAACAGUGACUGCACCUGGAGAAUAUACCUGCCUGUUGGUUACGGAGCCCACAUACAGUUCCUUAACUUCUCAACGGAGGCCAACCACGAUUUCUUAGAGAUACGAAAUGGUCCCCUUGAUACCAGUGCUGUGAUUGGUCGAUAUAGUGGCCAGGAUAUCCCAUCAUCUCUUCUCACUACCUCCCACGAGACCACAGUUUAUUUCCACAGUGAUCACUCGCAGAACAAACCAGGUUUCAGAUUUGAAUACCAAGCGUAUGAGCUACAGGAAUGCCCAGAUCCAGAACCGUUCCGUUAUGGAGUAGUGGUUGGUGCAGGCUAUAACGUGGGCCAGUCCAUUUCCUUUGAGUGCUUGCCUGGUUACCAACUGAUGGGAGAUUCCAUCCUGACCUGUGAACAUGGCACAACCCGCAACUGGGACCAUCCAUUUCCUCGCUGUGAAGUGCCUUGUGGUGGCAACAUCACGUCAGACAACGGGACCAUCUUCUCCCCUGGAUACCCAGAGGAAUACCCAAACUCAGCUGACUGCACCUGGCUCAUUUCAGUGGCUCCUGGCUUUGGAAUCAAACUGAACUUCACUCUGCUUCAAGUUCAUGGCCCACAUGACUUCAUAACAGUCUGGGAUGGUCCACAGGAGACAACUCGAAAACUAGGUAUCUUCACUGAUGGAGAGCCCAAUGACCCACCCCGUAGCACGUCCAAUCAGGUGUUGAUACGGUUCCGCAGCAACACAGAAAAGGGCGGAUUAUUCCAAAUUAAUUAUCAAGCUUACAGACUUCAGUACUGCCUUCCUCCGCCCAUCAUUCCUAAUGCCGAGAUCCUGAUGGCAAGCAAAGAAUUUAAAAUCGGUGAUAUAGUUCGCUACAGAUGUCUUCCAGGCUACCAGCUAAGUGGAAAUAGCAUCUUGACAUGUCGACUAGGAACACACUUAGAGUUUGAAGGCCCACCACCGUCAUGUGAUGUGACGUGUCCAAUGAAUGAGGUGCUGACCGCUUCCACGGGGGUCAUAAUGAGCCAAUCACCCGGCACCGGCUUCCCUCAUUUUGAGUCAUGCUCCUGGGUGGUUAAAGUAGAGCCUGGCUACAACAUUACCUUCACUAUUGAACACUUUCAGACAAGCCGUCAGUUUGAUGAGCUUGAAAUCUUUGAUGGUCCAUCCAGACAGAGCCCCCUCCUCAUUACCCUCAGUGGUAAUUAUUCCAGUCCGCUGAGCAUCACAAGCUCUAGUAACAAAGUCUACCUGCACUGGUCUUUUGAUCACACCACCAGCCACAAAGGGUUCCGCAUUCGUUACUCUGCACCAUACUGCAGCCCUCCAAAUAACCCAGUAAAUGGCUCAGUGCACAGCCUUACUGGUUCCAAAUUAGGCAGCAGUUUGCGCUUCAGCUGCGACCAGGGCUUCCGACUUAUUGGACAGACCAGCGCCACAUGUACGCGCACCGCACAAGGGAUCCAUCAGUGGAAUGCGCCGGUGCCACUUUGCCAAGUCAUGUCCUGUGGAAUGCCUGUUGCCCCUGUCAAUGGGAGCAUUGUUGGCCAAGACUUCUCCCUUGGGGCCAGGGUCUCUUACCGAUGUAAUCCAGGGUUUCGGCUUGCUGGCCCUCUCACCACUUCAGUGGUCUGUCAAGAAUCUGGGAGGUGGAGCCCCAUUGAGGCCCCUCCAAGAUGUGUCCCGGCCACCUGCUCUGACAUCAGCCACUCUGCUGUCGAACAUGGAAGAUGGAGACUAAUCUAUGGUACUCAAAACCAAUACGAUGCUAUAAUGAUGCUCAUAUGCGACCCAGGAUAUUACUACAGGGGUCAAAGGAUCAUUCGCUGCCAAGAAAAUGGCACCUGGAACUACCCUGACCCUCGGCCAGUCUGUGAGAUUAUUUCCUGCGGAGACCUUGGUACUCCACCAAAUGGUCACAAGAUAGGAACUUUGACUGUGUAUGGAGCCACAGCCAUUUUCUCCUGCAACACAGGAUAUACUCUGGUGGGCUCUCGGGUACGAGAGUGCAUGUCUAAUGGGCUUUGGAGCGGAACACAAGUUCAGUGUCUAGCUGGUCAUUGUGGCACUCCAGACCCAAUAGUUAAUGGUCAAAUAAUUGGGGAGAAUUACAACUUUCGAGGCAGCGUUGUGUACCAAUGUAACCCAGGGUUUCGUCUUAUCGGCGUGUCGGUACGAAUCUGCGAACAGGAUCACCGCUGGUCAGGAAAUACUCCUGUUUGUGUUCCCAUCACAUGCGGCCACCCUGGAAACCCAUCAUUUGGCCUGACCCAAGGAACCCAGUUCAACUUAAACGAUGUUGUGCGUUUUGUCUGCAAUACUGGAUAUGUUCUGCAUGGGGCUGUUAAAUCUACGUGCCAGGCCAACGGACAAUGGAACAAUGCCUUACCAAAGUGUAAAAUCGUGAACUGCACAGAGCCAGGCCAUGUGGAGAACAGCAUUAGGCAGGUAUUGUCCAGUGGGCCACAUCGCUACAGCUUCCAGACAACGGUGACAUACCGCUGUAACCCUGGCUACUAUCUGCUGGGCACCAGCUCCAUCUCCUGCCAAGGGGACGGCACUUGGGACCGCUCCUUACCCAAAUGCCUAUUGGUGCUCUGUGACCGCCCCAGCAUGCCUCCCUACGCCCAGAUCUCAGGUGACCGUCGAACGGUGGGCUCGGUCAUCCGUUACAGUUGCAUGGGUCAACGUAACAUCAUUGGAAACACUACCCGAAUGUGCCAGCUGGAUGGGCAAUGGAGCGGCUCGCCACCACACUGCUCAGGUGAAUCCAGUGGUCUAUGUGGAGACCCAGGCGUACCUGUUCAUGGCAUCCGUCUUGGAGAUGAAUUUGCUGUGGGCAGUGUUGUACGUUUCAGCUGUGAACCUGGUUAUGUUCUUAAGGGUUCACCAGAGAGAACAUGUCUUGCCAAUGGGACAUGGCUGGGAACGCAACCAGAGUGUCAUGUGAUAUCCUGUGGAAAUCCAGGAACUCCCCGAAAUGCCCAGAUCCUCGUUCAUGAAGGACUGACUUUCUCCAGAUCAAUCACUUACAGUUGCAGGGAAGGUUACUACUCUACUGGACUGCUUACCCGCCACUGUACUGUAAACGGAACCUGGACAGGCAAUAUGCCAGAGUGCUCAGUAAUCAACUGUGGUGAUCCUGGUGUGCCAGCCAAUGGAGUCAGAUUUGGGAGUGAUUUUACCUACAACCGAACCGUCACCUUCCAGUGUUCUCCUGGAUAUACAAUGGAUGCUGACAGGGCAUCUUCUCUCAUCUGCACCAAAGAUCGAACCUGGAAUGGCACAAAACCGCUCUGUAAAGCGAUUGUUUGUGGUCCACCACCCCUCAUCCCCAAUGGACAGGUUGUUGGUACCGACCUUACCUGGGGCUCCAGCAUAAGUUACUCCUGCAACCAAGGCUACCAGCUAUCUCUGCCCACUGUGUUAACAUGCCAGGGCAAUGGCAAUUGGAGUGGAGAGAAACCGCAGUGUUUCCCUGUAUUCUGUGGAGACCCAGGAAUGCCGGAUCAAGGCAGAAGGGAGGACCGUGGCUUUACCUAUCUUUCAUCUGUGUCUUUCUCCUGCAAUCCUCCCCUCAUCUUGGUUGGCUCAGCUAGGAGGUAUUGCCAGUAUGAUGGCACCUGGAGUGGCACUCAGCCCUCCUGCAUAGAUCCAAGUCACACUACCUGUGGGGACCCUGGCAUUCCGCUCUUUGGAAAUCAGAACAACAGCCAAGGCUACCAGAUUGGCAGCACUGUGUUCUUUAACUGCAGAAAGGGCUACUUAUUGCAGGGCUCAAUUUCACGCACGUGUCUGCCCAACCUCACCUGGAGUGGAUUUCAACCUGAGUGCAUUGCCCAUCACUGCAGCCAGCCAGAGCUACCUGCUCAGUCUGAUGUUAGAGCCAUUGAACUGCCGUCCCUUGGCUACACACUGAUCUAUACUUGUCAGCCUGGCUUCUAUUUGACUGGGGGAUCAGAACACAGAACCUGUAGGUCCGAUGGUAGCUGGUCAGGGAAACCACCAAUGUGUGCAGCCGACAAUCGUCCAAGUGGUAGAAGUCCAGUGGGCACUGUACAAGAGCCUCCAUCUAAACUGCCAGUCCCUGGUGGUGUGUUUGCUAAAAACUCCCUCUGGAGGGGUUCCUACGAGUACCUGGGAAAGAAGCAGCCAGCCAUGCUUAGCAUCACUGCCUUUGAACCUUUUAGCAAUCGAGUUAAUGGGACGCUGAUUGACCACAGUGGGGUUGAGCUUAAAUUAGCAGGAGUGUAUAAGAGGGAGGAGGCCCAACUGAUGCUACAAGUCCACCAAAUCAGAGGCCCUGUAGAGAUCUUUGUGAACAAGUUCAAAAUAGACAAUUGGGCCCUGGAUGGACACGUGUCCUACAUCUCUUCUUCUAACUCUUUUGUGUACCAGGGAUUUGUCAGAGGAAAAGGCUUUGGCCAAUUUGGUCUCCAGAGAUUGGAGAGUUUAGAUCCCAGUAGAGAAAACCCAGGCUACAACUUUGCCUCCAACAGCAGUUCAGUGGCAGCUGCCAUUCUAGUGCCUUUUAUAGCCAUGAUUAUUGCAGGCUUCGCUCUCUAUCUCUAUAAACACAGAAGAAGACCCAAAGUUCCCUUCAACGGUUACGUGGGCCAUGAGAACACAAACGGUCGGGCUACGUUCGAGAACCCCAUGUAUGACCGCAACAUCCAACCCACUGACAUCAUGGCCAAUGAGACAGAGUUCACAGUCAGCACAGUGUGCACAGCUGUAUAGCGACACCAUCCUUCAGAGUACGUUAAGGACGGAAAGCUGCACCACAACCCCAGCUGCUGGCAGAGGGCAUCCAUAGCUCCUGGUACAGAUGGAAAGAACAAGAUUAUUUUAUUUGCUGAAACAACUUCAAGAAACAUCUUCAGUCACAGAGCCUUGUAGCUGAAGGAAACAAGCAAAGCAACUAUAUGAGAGCAACGCCUUUAUCAAAGGUCAACAAGAAACAGCUCUCUGUAACUAUACAUGGUUUCUUGAUCAUGUUCCAUAUUCUAAGGAAAAGCUUCCAUCUGAACCUGCUGCUGGCAAGAGUACUGCUUGAGGCAAAGCUGUGAUGACUUUUCUCAUUGCCCUUCACCUAAACCCAAAGGGAAGUUUGUGUAAGUCAUAAAAUGUACCUGUAGCUAACAAAGAACUCUGCACUGUGUGGUGGGCAGCCACAUCUUGGUGUGUGCGAGGCAAAGAGAAACUGCCUAGAUUGUUGAAAUUCAUCCCUCUUUUUUGUUUUCUGUUUGAUUUUUUUGUUUCUUUUGUUUUAUGCUGCCAGCUUUCUGUGAUGAGUAAUUGGGAGCACUGUUUUCUCUGUAAUCUCUACAGUUUCGGCUGUCAAAAGGUUUUUAUUGAAGACCGACAGUUUACGUUUUCAAGGCCAUGUGGAAAACACUUUCUAUAUUUUGUUUUUGAGCUCUUCCUCCUAUUUCUGUUGCUGAAGAGGAGGUUAAAAGGUAGCUAAAGCUGUUUUGAAGAAGUAGAGAGCGGACAUUAGUGACCACAGUGUGAUGAGAGUGUCUGUGUGCCCACCUGUGUAUACUUUGGUGGUUUUAACCUAAAAUCCUGCUUCAAAUCCAGCUGUUUCGAUUAUAGGUGAUGAAUUCUAUUGUAGGAAUGCUAAAGAUCAGGAAAACAAUAAUUGAAAGAAAUAUAACCCAUCAAUUAAAGGUCACAUAAUGAGACAAAAAAAAAUCAGAAUGUAUGUUCAAUCAGCAGCAAUCUUUAUUCUGUUAUACAUUUAGAAUGCUGUAAUUAAAUACAUUCAUUUUUGCUUUUUCUUAUUUGAAGCCUAAUUAGGUGUCCAAAUUUUUUUACGGAUACAAAGAUGAUUCCUGUUUGAAAUGUGGACAGAAGCUUUGAUGCAUUUCUAUGGACAUCAGUCGUGACAACUUUCAUUUGUCAUUCAUAUCCACCUCUCAGGGCAAAGCUGUAGCACGGACUCAUGGCUCAUUCAUAUAGAAUAGUGCAUACUGGGGAAAAAAAAACAAAAAGAAAAGAAAAAAUAGCUUUCACCUGUUUUUUUUUUUUUUUUUUUUAUCCAAAUUCAACCUUUAGAUUUGUUUCCCCCUGUUUGAAUGUGGCAUGGUGUUUGGGAUGAAUGCAUUACCCCCUUUUAUUUUUAGAGGAAGUUCUUGAAAAGUACUUUCUUGUGUUUAGUUCUUGUUUGUUUUUGAGAUAUGUCAUAUCACAGUAAGUUUAUAGAGAGAUGAGAGCAAUCAAAGGCUCACAACAGUCAAUUUAGAAGGAACCCCAAUAUAGCUGAUUUGACUUAUAAAACAACUGCAGAAAGCGAUCUAAAAAAGAGUAAAGGUAGUUUUACCCUUAAUUUGAGUAGAUAAAUAAGAUAAUCUGCUAAUAAGAUGAGCAGCUUUUACCCUUAAGAUAAGAUAUAACAUAUUAUGUACUUGAAGUAGGAGAAUUCAGGGUUAUUUUCCCUUAUUUUAAAUGCAUAUAUUCUUAUUCCAUUUAUGAGAAUGUCUCACUUACCUGCUAAAUUCAACAAAAAAUGCACUUAUUUUAGGAAAAAUUUACUUUAUUUUUUUCUGCAAAAUAUUAUAUGUGCAUCAAUUGAAUACAAAAUCAUUGCACAGAUAUUAAGCAUUGAACAUUUCACAGGAAAAGCUGAAAAUAUAAUGGUUUAUUGUUUAUUAUACCAAGACUGUCCAGAUAGAUGCUGCCUUUUGCAUCAGUUCAUUUACAAACUAGAAUUUAUCAUUCUGUUCCACUUUCACCGUGAGUGCAGUAAACAUCUGGGAUACGUCACAUGCUGCCAUUCAUGCAGCAACAUGAUGGUGGUUUACUUAUGUGCUUUAGUGGGAAAUUAUCCUGUUAACUAAAGAUCAGCUUAACAUUUACAACCCACAAAUUUAACGAAGGAAGAGGACAGAAAUCUACUAAAUUGAAGGUGUCUUGUAAAAAGUAAGACAGUUUAUAUACGCUACUACAGCAUCAAAAUCUUAAAAUGUUCAAGUCAAACUAUAAUGGAGGUUCCAUCUUAUCUGCUUCUUUCUUUCACCUCAAAUAUAAUCUUAGCACAUUUCAACAUACAAUCAGAAGUAAGUGAGAACAUAAUGAAAAUAAAACCAUUGCAGAGUCUUUACUGUCCCCUUAAGGUAUAUUAAUAGCUCUGUACACCUGGCCUUAGGAAAAAAAAACCCAUUCUAUAAAUAUUCUAAUUUCUUAAAAAUGUUCAAAUGAAGGCAUCAGAGCUUGAAAAGCGUAUCAGUCAUUGUUCCAUUCCCUGUGGAUUAGGUUCAGGGCUUUUCCCUCCCAGAUAACUUCUGACAGCCCCAUCCUUUAAAGAAGAAGAUUCUUUCUUUUGUUUUGUCUUUUUUUGCUCAUCAUAAAAACGUUGAAGACUGCUUGCUCCAGGCUGUGACAGCGGGGGAGUCACUAGCAUACUGAUUACUGCCGCGCAUUAAAUUGGAAAUGAUAAAUAUGAUAUAGGGAAAAAAAAUGUAUGCCUGUAAUUCUAACACUCCUUAUCUCACACUGCUUGGGAGAAAAUUACAGGAAAAUAUUGUUUUUUCUCCGCAACAAAAAGGGGGAAUUUCAUCAAAUGUAUCUGUGGGAAUCUGCUUUGUGCUUUGGGUUCCAUUGAGAGGACUUUUAUGACCCAUUUUGUAGACCUGUUUACCCUGACGGUGCUCAAUGGGGUGAAUCGUGCUUGAAUUUCCCUGAUAGAAGGUGAGCCUUUACAUUUAGCUUUUUUUUUGUUAUUUAGCUGUCAAAUUGAGAAACCAUUAAACCUAUAAUAAUAUUGAGCAUGUCUUUACUUACAGAAUAGAGCAUUGGAGUGCAGAAAAACAAAUAAUUGAAUACCUAAACCGAAUUAAUUUCUUUUUUAUUUUUUUGCAUAAUUGAAAAUCUGGGAAAUACAACUCAAAAAGAAUUUUUUAUUUUUUUUUUUCAAAGAAAUUAAGUCCCUUUAAUCCAAUAGCUGCGUUGUUCCCUCAAUCAUUUUCACUGUGGUUCAGUAAUUGCUUUGACAAUUUUAUUACUUUUAAGGCUCUCGUUUAUCUUGACUGUUUCAGUAUAAUAUUUGUCCAUUUUCCUCCUCUGGAGUUUAAACGAUAGAAAGGGAAAUGAUUGAAUUACCCUGGAGAUUUCACAGAGAGAAGAGCAGUUACAUUCAUAUAAUCCCGAGGACACCCGUGUCCAAUUCUUACAGUUUUCUGCAGUAGUUGGAUGGUGCGUUUAUUUGGCUUUAAAUCAAAACUCAAACAUUUCAGCGAAUAUUAUGGCUUUAUUAGAUAUCCGUUCAAGCCACUUUGGAGGAGCUUUUCCUCUCAAUUUAUUCUAAAAUGGCAACUUUUCCCACGCUUCUUUAAAAUUGGUGCAGUAAGUUAAGUAGCUAAUGCUACUAUCACCUCAAAUUUCCCUUAAAAAAACUGAUUCUAUUUAGCUGAAUUGUGCUGUAUGACUCAACAACUAUAACCCAGCAAUGGACUUCAUGUGAAUGAUUCUAUUAAGAUGGGAUCAUUUUAAAGAAAGUAGAGAAACAGUCAUUGAAAUGUCAGAUAAUAAAUAUGACUUUAUCUAUUCCAGUUUCAAUUAGCACUUUAUGUUCAUUGUAGUGCCUUGCCAUAACCCAUAAAAUCACCACUCCACUUUAGCAGCUCUUUUGCAAACAUAUUUGCAUGGGUUUACAUAUCAUUCCGAUAUUCCAAACCAAGCCGAGUCUCUGGCUGACAGCCCCAAUUGAUAGAAAAUCUCCUGUUGAUUUGAUCAUACGGGGGGAGGAAACAUAGCUUCUAAAGAUGUCAGAGUAGAGAUCCAUUUUGCCUUAUUAUCUCCGUGGUUUGAUGCACAAGAAUAAAUAUACAGAAAGUUGUCUGCUUGAUUCCCUUUUUUCACUCCUGUUUUUCGUCGAUUGCUUAGAGGUUGCUUUGUGAAUCAAACAAAAAUUUCCAAAUGGAUCCAAUUAAAAAAACUUUUUUUCUACUUUUUAAUUGGAAGCAAACUUUCUUGAAAGAAAUAUGGGUUAAAUAGUGCAGAAAUAUAACUUUACAAUUAGGAUUUAGCUCUUUUGAGGUGUUUACCAUUAAAUCCAACUUACAUUGCUGAAAAGCUUCUCACUUCACUACAGUUAAAUGAAAAUGAGAAUCAUAGAGGGUCGGUUUGAGCUGCAACAGUUAGAACUCAGCCUUCCUUGAUAGCAGCUGGUGAAUGCGUGCUUCUUUUUUUUAAUAUUUUAAAUCACUAACUCUGUUCAUUCUGGCUCAUUUUAGUUAUCAGCCCCACACAGCUUCCAAGUCCCCAUCCUGUUCGCCAUCUCUUCUAUAAUGUAACAUGCCACAGCUAUGGUCUUUGAGUUCACCGAGUUUCCUCUCAGUCAGGGAGCAGAGCAAAAGCCUCCGUCUUCUCUCUCUCUUCAGCAAGAGCUCUGACUUUUCAACACAGGCCACACUCUGCAUGCAGUAAAAAAAGAAAACAAGCAAUCCAUCAGUUAUUCAGAGUGACACUCUCUGCAGCAGCUAUCAUUUAUAAUCUCCCAUCUUUCACUGUCAACACAUAUUAAUAGCUACAAAAAAAACACCCAAAGCUGUUCAGUUUGUUUUUACCUGUCGGUCCAUUUCAAUGUGUCAAGGGAAACACAGGUGCACCUCAAUUCCAAUAAAUUAGAAUUAUGUUAUGAAUCUAUAUAUUUUGUUCUACACUUGUUUCAAGCAUGUAUUUUUGCUGAUUGUGAUGAUUAUUGCAUGCCAUUAAAGGAUACAUACAUACAAAAUUCAGUGUCUCUAAAGCAAAAUGUUGGCCAUUUAAAAAGUAUGGUGACAUAUUGUACAGUGAAUCCCUCUAACAGUUGGCCUGGACUCCUACGCAUAAAUCACUGCAACAUAUGCUAUAGAAGCGAUCAGGCUGUUGGACUCUUGAAGUGUUAAUGAAGUCAAGGUCUGUUAAGCCUUCAACUUGUCAGCAUUAUCUCUCUUUUAUUUUUUUUCUUGACGAUAGCCCAUCAAAAGCAGGGAUACAUUUUAAAGCACCAACUCCAGGUUCUAUCUAUGGCAGGUACAUUUCCCCCAAACUCCUGAAUAGAUUCUGCUUCAAAGAUGUUUUCCCGUUCACUGAGCUUUCAAAGAACAUGGUUGAAUAGAGAACUCUGAACUGCCAUCUUUAGCAAUGAACUUAUGUGGCUUUCUAUCCUUGACGGCAUCGGUGACUAUAUGCUGAAAUUCGACAGUCUUAAUUGUGUAGAUCAAAACGUACAUCUUAAAGAAUCUGUCCCUAUAUUCAGUGAUAAAAAAAACUUAUUUUUUCAGUAAAAAUCAUCACAAUUACCUUAAAUAUAUGCUUGAAUUCAAUCACUGUGUAAUACAUUUGUUUUUAUUUAUUUAUUACUGAAGUGAUACAUUCUCUGAUGAUGUUGGAAUUUCUUCAGUUUCAAAUUUAUAGUAUGAAAAAUGGCAAAUCUUGACUCUAACUUAGUUAAAUAAUUUGUUUAGAUAGAUUAUUUAAUCUCUUAAACCACCGCUCCUCCACUGAUGAAUGUGUUUUAUUUUAUUAGAGUACAUCAGAUGUUUACUUUCUACACUGUUUUAUAUUUGAAACCAACGUAUUGUUAGAUUGUUUUAGUGUUGAAAGGAAGAUUAUGGAAGUAAAUUCUUAAGUCCAAUACUUAAAAAGAAAACUCCUUUUUUAUUUCUUUUUACCGCAACUUUACAUUCCUAUUUGUUGUUCAAAGAAGUAUGACGUUGCAUCUUUUCUGUGUUUUUCUCAACUUUUGGUUUGUUUGCUGUUGCUCUCUCAUACAGCUUCUUUGUGAAACUGAAAUUUAUAAAGUCGUGGCACCUAAGUGGGAUCGACAUGGCUCUUGAAGGCCUCAACAGAACAAUAUAGUGAAGGGCAAAGAAAUAUGUCUUGCUGCACACCAAAAGGGAAACUUGUAAAGAAGCUGACAAACAUGAACUGUGUGUCAACGGAGCAUCUGCAGAGGGAAAGUGUCUCUGAGAAAAAUAUGUUAACAAAUAAAAAAAAAAAUCUAACUUUUUUUGUACAGAGAUAUAUUUUUAUGAAAAUACAUUUGUAAUAUAAAAAGAGA